ACUCCUAUACGUUAUUUAUUACAUUUAUCCAUUAAACAAUACUAUAUCAUCUCCAUUUCAUCUCCUAAUAAUUUAUUCUCGGAGGAGGACUUGAUAAAAUAUACAGGCCGAAGGAGCGUUUGACAUUGUUGUAUAUUAAUCUUUAGUUUCCCCAACGCCCAGAAUCAACCUCAGAUCAUCUCUCUGUACCAGUUGCAGUUGAAGAAGCUGUCUUGGAACAUAAGAUCAACCAAUAUGUUAGCUGAUGUAAUUUCGAGAGUUCUUGUGAUGGUUCUUGGAUAUGCAUAUCCGGCAUUUCAGUGUUUCAAAACGGUGGAGAAGAACAAGGUGGAGAUUGAAGAACUCCGUUUCUGGUGCCAAUAUUGGAUUAUUGUUGCGUUGCUGGCAGUUGUGGAGAGAAUCAGUGACAUAUUCAUAUCUUGGGUGCCAAUGUAUGCUGAAAUAAAGCUAGCCAUAUUUCUAUAUAUGUGGUAUCCGAAAACCAAGGGAACAGGGUUUGUCUACGAAACCUUAUUGAGGCCAUUUGUGGCAAAGCAUGAGACAGAUAUUGAAAGGAGCUUACAAGAACUAAGAACUAGAUCUUGGGACUUGGCUAUUUAUUAUUACCACAACUGCACAGAACUUGGCCAAACAAAGUUCUUCCAGGUCAUUGAUUACUUGACUUCUCAGUCGGGAAGAAUCAAGAAAGGUAGCUCUGAGAAACGAAGAAAAAGUGAAAAGUUGAAAGGGGACGGCCCGCCUCCUCCAGACGCUAUAUUUUCAUUCAACAAUCAGCCGUCAAAACCGACUCCAUCAGCACCACCACUCUACUCUCAACUGCAGGAUUCACAAUUCAUGACCGACCAGGAUCAACAAUUCGACAGGCCAGACCACCAUGGAAGCCGGUUCGGAUUUAAACACAGAAAAGGCUCCCAUUAGAUUUCAGCACAACUAUUUUAGAAAUGUACAUAAAACAAUUAAACAUGGCUUUCGCUACAAAUUCCUUGAUUUUUUGUUACAUCAUUUGUAAUGCCUUCAUAUUUAUAAACAUCAUUCAUCUUGAGUCAAGAGAGGAGUCAUUUUGCUGUCAAGACGUUAAUCUUUUUCUUUGAUGAAAUUCAUAGAAAAGUUGAAUAUACAUCGAUUAUAUGAUUCUUUUCAAUCAACGAAUAAUUCUGCCAGUACAAUUGCAUAUAGUAUCUUGUUUAUAAAAAAAGAAAAACAAGUGUUUCAAUCAUCGUAUACUUGUAUACUGAUUAAGAUCAUCGAAGCCUAACCAUCCGCAGAAGCCACUGAAAUGAUCGGGUCACAACUUGAACCAAAUAGUUGUUGGACAGAAAUUCAGAGAAAUGGAACCAUGUACGUCUAAAGAAGCUCCUCGAUUCAGCACCAGGAGACGUUGACAUGGGCUGCAGAUACGCCCAAGCGGCUUGCUUGACAAGGCGAUUGCGGAUAGCUAUCUGAUAUCCUGAGCUAGAGGCUGCGGCUGCAGAGGGCGCCGGAGAAUUGGGAACAGAGCAGGGAAGUAUAUCCUUGAGGGAAGUGUAGGAAGGUGCCGGGAAGAUAUGCAGAUCGAGAGGGAAGCUCGAGAAGUGAUCGGAAGAAGGGAGCGUCAGCUUCGGAGGGACGACAGAGGCUGCGAUGGAGUUUCGACGAGCGAGAACAGAGGAGCUGGCCAUGUAGAAUUAGAUAGAUAGUUUGAUUUUUUUUUAAACAGAGGAGCUGUUUGUUGUGAAUUAAUAGCAAAAGUUGCAGAAGAGAUGAAGUAAAAUAUAAGUGAUGCAAGAAUUAAGGCGGCUGCAGAGGUUUGCUUUACGAGACUUUUGUGGAUUUGUAUUUUGAAUGGGUGUAGUAAAGUAAAAGCAGUUUAGUUAGUUUAUACA